UCGACCUUUCACCCCAAGAUGGCGGCGCCCGUCGGUCCGUUGAAGUUUUGGAAACCCGGCACAGAAGGUCCUGGGGUCAGCUUGUCCGAGGAGAGACAGAGUACUAGUGAAAGCUCUGGGGUUUCAGUCAUCUAUAAUCCCUAUGCUUCCUUUUCUGUUGAACAACAGAGGCAAAAGUUACCAGUCUUUAAGCUUAGAAAUCACAUCCUUUACCUGGUAGAGAACUAUCAGACACUGGUCAUUGUUGGAGAAACAGGAUGUGGGAAAAGCACACAGAUUCCUCAAUAUUUAACAGAAGCUGGGUGGACUGCUGAAGGGAGAGUUGUGGGAAUAACACAACCUCGACGAGUUGCCUGUGUUUCAAUUGCAGGCCGAGUAGCUGAGGAGAGGGGUGCCUUGCUUGGUCAUGAAGUUGGAUAUUGCAUACGAUUUGAUGAUUGCACUGACCCACAGGCUACAAGAAUUAAGUUCCUAACUGAUGGAAUGCUGGUGAGAGAAAUGAUGGCUGAUCCAUUAUUAACAAGAUACAGUGUGAUCAUGUUGGAUGAAGCUCAUGAAAGAACUCUAUAUACAGACAUUGCCAUUGGCUUAUUAAAAAAGAUUCAGAAAAAACGAGGGGAUCUUCGUCUGAUUGUAGCAUCAGCUACGCUGGAUGCAGAGAAAUUUAGGGAUUUCUUUAACCAAAAUGAGACCAGUGACCCAAGCAAAGAUACCAGUAUGAUCCUUACUGUGGAAGGACGAACAUUUCCGGUGGAUGUCUUCUACAUUCAGAGUCCUGUUCCAGAUUAUGUAAAGUCAACUGUGGAAACAGUCAUGAAAAUUCAUCAGACAGAAGGCGAUGGAGAUAUACUGGCAUUUUUAACUGGCCAGGAGGAAGUAGAAACGGCGGUUUCUAUGCUGAUAGAACAGGCUCGGAUCCUUGCUCGCACAGGGAUAAAGAAACACCUCCGUGUGCUCCCCAUGUAUGCUGGGUUGCCUGCUUCUGAGCAGAUGAAGGUGUUUGAGAGAGUGUCUCACAAUGUCAGAAAGGUAAUUGUAGCCACCAAUAUUGCAGAAACGUCCAUCACAAUUAAUGGCAUUUCAUUUGUGAUUGACUGUGGCUUUGUGAAGCUCCGUGCCUAUAAUCCAAAAACAGCCAUUGAAUGCCUUGUGGUUGUCCCUGUAUCAAAGGCAUCUGCCAACCAAAGAGCAGGGCGUGCGGGCCGGAACCGCUCUGGGAAAUGCUACAGACUUUACACAGAGGAAGAUUUUGAGAAGUUGCCACACUCUACAAUUCCUGAGAUGCAGCGCAGUAACCUGGCACCAGUCAUCUUGCAGCUUAAGGCUCUAGGAAUUGAUAAUGUGCUUAGAUUCCCCUUCCUCUCACCUCCACCUGCUCAAUCAAUGGUGCAAGCGUUGGAGCUACUCUAUGCAUUAGGAGGGCUUGAUAAAUAUUGUCGUCUCACAGAACCUCUUGGAAUCAGGAUAGCAGAAUUUCCUCUGAAUCCAAUGUUUGCAAAGAUGCUACUGGAAUCGGGGAAUUUUGGUUGCUCCCAGGAGAUCCUGAGUAUUGCAGCCAUGAUGCAGAUCCAGAAUAUCUUUACAAUUCCUCCAAAUCAGAAGUCUCAAGCUGUCAGAGAACAUAGAAAGUUUGCGGUGGAAGAGGGUGAUCACCUCACAAUGCUUAAUGUCUAUGAAGCCUUUAUAAAACACAACAAGAGUUCUCAGUGGUGUCAGGAUCACUUCCUGAAUUACAAAGGUCUCGUCAGAGCCACAACUGUGAGGGAACAGCUGAAAAAACUUCUUGUCAAGUUCAAAGUACCAAAAAAGUCUAGUGAAGGUGAUCCAGACCCUGUUCUGAGAUGCAUAGUUGUUGGAUUCUUUGCCAAUGCAGCCAGAUUUCACUCUACCGGAGCAUACAGGACUAUUCGUGAUGACCAUGAACUAUACAUUCACCCCACCUCAGUUUUGUAUGCAGAGAAACCUCCUCGUUGGGUAGUCUACAAUGAAGUUAUCCAGACUUCUAAGUAUUACAUGCGGGAUGUGACAGCUAUUGAAUCUGCUUGGCUAUUGGAACUGGCCCCUCACUUUUACCAGCAAGGAACGGUACGGGCUCGGCAUAGACUCCAAACGCAUCUUUCUCUGAAAGCCAAAAGAACUAAAGUCGAUGACCACUGACUCUCUGUGGCUGUUGAGCUUCGCGCUGCGUGAUGCUGAACCUGCUGUUGAAUCAAACCUGUGCUACAGUUCAUCCAACAAUUAGUUGAUUAGCAACCUGACCCCACAUCAACUACACAUGUUGAAAUGCCUGCCUGCCAGGAUCCUGUAGGGAUUUAUGCAUGACCAAAUACAUUGUAACACUUAAGUAGAGCUUGCAUUGUGGACACUUUUGCUCCUUUUUAAACUAGGUAGAAAAAUUAGCAGUAUUAAAAAGGAGACCUACAAAAUCAUAGGAAAUUUUUACAAUGCUUGGGUAGCCACACUAAACCCUUGGGGUGGGGGUGGGUGGGAGAUACAGUGCCCUUGGGGUGGAAAACUGGAGCUCAGGAUCCUUUAGACCACUGUGAAAGCUGCUGGCUAUCCUUCGCCUGCCUGCAAAUGGCCGGCAGGUUUGGGACCACAAGCAAAGCCUUGAAAUACCAUUAAUGGGUUGCAACGAAAACCUUGAAACUGUGAUUGUGCCUAACUGCUGUGAUUUUUAUUUAUUUAUUUUUGUUAUCGUUGUUGCUCUGAAGCAAUAGAAUUCUAGCCUAUUACUGGCUUUCCCUGUAUUUCUCCUCUGCACCUUUUCUUUGGUAGAUGGCUUUACAUUUUCAGACAACAUCUAUAAUUUCCAUACACACCAGAUGUGUUUACCUACACUGAGCUUCCCACAUAGUUCAAGCUCUUUUAGGAAGGGGUUAAUAGAGCAGGACAUGUAUUGUGUUCACAACCCAGAUUUAUGCAAGUCCUUAGUUCUUGCUUUCUGUUUCAGAAUAUGAUCUAAGGAAAUUGGGGCCAGUCUUGCACAGAAAUAUCUGUAUGUUUUAAAACAAUUUGAAGUCGUGUGUUUUUAAAAGCUUCUGUGCUGUGUUUGUGAUGGCCUUGCAGAGUGUUACUUUGCCUUGAUUUUCUAUCACAAUCAGUCAUUUAACAGUCAAAUGGUGACUGCACAGCAAUAAAAAGAGAGGAUGCUUCCUUUAGAUAGGGGGGAGGGGAACCAGCUCCAGGAGGAAUUCUCCAGAUCUGGAAACAAGAUGACUCAAGGGGAUGCCUUUGGUUCAGAAGCAGGGCAGUGAACAGUUCCUGGCCUUAAGUCUACUGGGUCCUCCAGUAAAUGGUCUUAAAAGCAUCUCUUAUUUGACCAGAGACAAGGAUAUUCCUUUUUCUGCUGAUACCACUUCAGUAUAGGAAGGAAUGGUACUCAGUGGUAAAGGAUGAUGUUUAUGGGCUUGGUAGCCCAUUCUUGAAUGCUGCUGGAUACAGGGCAGCUCAAACAUGCCCCUUAGUUUAGGUAGUUAUAUGGCAACAGAGAAUAGGUGCAAGGAGAUUCAGUUCCCCACCCACCCUUUCGGGAGGGCGGGUGCAGGGGGUGGAUUUCAGCUUGUGAACUGUACCCGUUCGUGCAACUUGCGGCCGCCAGGUUUCACAAAUGCAAAAGUGUUUACCUACACUUCCACAAAUCUUCCACAAAUCUGCAAAACAUACGCACAAAAUCCACUCACCUCAGUACAUGUUUAACAGUAUUCUGCUCUUUGCAGCUGUUUAGACUGCAUCCCUCAGAAGGUGAGGGGUGGUCUUUGUCGUAUGCGUUGUCGUAUGCAUCGUAUGAGCAGUGGAUUGGCAGUCUUUCUGCAAAAGCUCUUCUCUUCUUUGUAUCAUAAUUUUGGAUAACUAUAUUUUUAUUUUCAAAUGGUAUUUAUUUUGAAAUGACGUCGUUUGAAUGUGUUUUUUAAGAUCACUGCCUUUGUUGAGUCUCGUAUCUCUUUGCCAUUUUUUUUAAAUGUAUGUAAAUUACGGCAAUUUUUACACAGACCAGGGUCUUCCUUGCCCCGGAUGUGCAUUAUGAGUCUCUUUCAGAUCUUCUUUCCCAUUCGGCUUCCCACAGUUCUGCAAAGAAGCUUGUUCUGUCAAUGUGUGGUUCAUGCAAGAACUUUGUACUGUAUAUAUCAGCUGCUUAACAACAUACUCAUUCCUGCCUCUGGACUUCUGAUGUGACCAGUUUGCUGUGUAUCUUUCUCAGUAUGUGAGGUCUUUCGAGAUGGGGUUGUCUGUAUUUUUGUGUACUGUACGGUGUCCAGAAUAUUGUUGAUACUCCAUAAUGGGCAUCUGACUUACAACUAAAGCUGUUUAUCCUUUAUAGAGACCUGGAGACAAAGAUGUGUAAACAUUUGUGUUGCUUGGUCCUAUGGUAACACACUUCAGAAAAAAAUAAAGCUGUGGA